AUGAGUGACAUCUCCAUCUCCAUCUCCACACAGCCACCAACAAAUGAAACUGCGACGUCCAACGCAGUUCCAGACUCAGAGCUAUUGUAUGAGCUGAAAGAGCAGCUUCUGCUGCUGACCACUCUGGUGGCGACGGUGACGUACGUCUCAGGGCUCAACCUGCCGGGGGGAGCCUGGCAGCCGGAGCAGGAGCAGGGGCACCUCGCUGGCGACCCGAUCCUCCGGGACGUCCACUACCGCCGGUACCUCAUCUUCUACUACAGCAACGCCACUACGCUCGCCUCAUCGGUCGUGGUUUGCCUCAUCCUCAUCAUGCUAGGCAGGAAUAGCCCAGUCUGGUCGGUGUUGUUGCGGGUGGUCAUGGUGCUCGACCUUCUUGGACUUAUGGGUUCGUACGCAGCCGGCACCUGCCAUGACACCUUCACAACCAUCUGGGCUGUGGCACUCGCCUGCCCCGUCCUGCUCACAUAUGCUUUCCUCAGCUACCUCGGUCUGUUCCGCCGCUGCAGUACACACACAAACACAAACACUGGGCAACAAGAGAAUGAGAAGAUAGCGGUGCUGAUGCCACUGGCGGCCUUUGUCGUCACCAUCUCAUACACCGCCGGGCUGAACCCGCCUGGGGGCUUCUGGAGCAGCACCCAGCAGGAGGACGGCCUCCUUCUUCACCUCGCCGGCGAUCCGAUCAUGCAGGACAGCGAGCUCCGGAGGUACCGGGCCUUUUUCGUCUGCAACACGAUGGCGUUUGUCGCCUCCUUGUCCAUCAUCCUGGUGCUCCUGGACAAGAAAUUGAGCAGGACCAUCGCGGGUCGGUUCGUGGCGGUCUACACCUUCAUCGCCGUCGCUCUCCUGGGCCUCAUGGGGGCUUAUGCUACUGGGAGCUGCAGGGAGACUGACAAUACCAUCAAGAUCAUUUUCCUUACCACUGCGGUUCCUGCCUGCGUAGGCCUGCGGCUGGCUCUUAAUUAUGUCUUCGAUUGGAAACCAAUCAAGAAAAUGUGUGAUUUGUUCUCUGGAUGGUUGGACUACUUCAGAAGCACCAUUCCCGCAGGCACAGUGGACAAAGACUUAAAGACCAGUCGCUAUUUCAUUAUGGUACUUGCCAUUCUCGCGGUGAGCAUCACUUACCAAGCAGGAUUGGAUCCACCGGGAGGCCUAUGGCAAGACAAUCUUCAUGGGCAUAAGCUUGGUCACCCAGUGCUCCGGACGACGCAUCCUGCUCGCUACAAGGUGUUCUUCUACAGCAACUCAGCAGCUUUCGUGACAUCUCUGGUGGUCGUCAUGAUGGUUCAGAGCAAGUUUCUGCUCAGGCACCGCACACUGGUGGCAGCCAUGGUGCUGGACCUGAUUGGCCUCAUCAUCGCCUACGCCGCCGGGAGCACUAGGGAUGCAACCACAUCCAUCUAUGUUGUCUCGGUGGCUUGCCUUGUCCUCUCCUACUCCGUCGUCCAUAUCGCGUUAGGAGGAGAAAAGGAGAACUUCGUCAAUUCUCCUCCUGCUGGAGGACGAACCAAGGAGCAGCUCGAUGACAAGCGCCAGGUGUUGCUGUUAAUCGCCAUAUUGGUCGCUGCGCUUACUUACCAAGCGGGGCUGACGCCGCCGGGCGGCUUCUGGUCAGCGGACGACGAGCAGCUUGGCCACCGCGCGGGCUACCCAGUCCUCCUCGACAACUACCCGCUGCGCUACAAGGCCUUUUUCUACUGCAACGCUGUUAGCUUCAUGUCGUCGGUGGCUCUCAUCCUCCUCCUUGUGAAUCGUAAGCUGUACAGGCCAGGGAUACGAUGCUAUGCACUCCACGUGUGCACGGCAGUGGGCAUGUUCGCCCUCAUGGGUGCUUACGCUUCCGGGAGCUCCCGCCAUCUCAAGACCUCCAUCUACGUGUUGACGCUGGUGGUCGCGGUAUCGGCCUCCAUACCUCUGCAAAUAGUCAUCUUCUGGUACAUCCGUAGGUACAAGCCCGGCCCUCAAGAUGAACAUAAACCAGGACGGGUACUAGCACGUGGCCGAGGUCCAGAGAAAGGCGAGGAGCUUGAGUACCUAAUGCUGCUAGGAGUCAUGGCUGCGAGCGUGACUUACCAGAGCGGCCUGAGACCACCAGGUGGCUUGUGGCAGGAGGACAACACCGCCUACUCCGCCGGCAACCCGAUCCUACAUGACAUCAACAAGCGCCGGUACGACGUCUUCUUGUACAACAACUCUGCUUCGUUCAUGGCGUCCAUCGUUGCCAUCGUCAUGCUGCUCCCAUUGACGCUGAGCAACCUCAAAUGGCCACUCUGGCCAGUACACACGGCCAUUUCGCUGGACAUGGCCGGGCUCCUGGUGGCCUACGCGGCAGGAAGUACCAGGAAGUGGGAAUCGUCCAUGAAUGUCGUCUACCUCGUCCUCCCCGUGCUUGGCUGUAUUGCGCUCUACGCAGCAGCAGCAGCGAUAUACAUCCGCAACAAAGAAGGCAAAUCCCCGAACCAGCCGCAACAGUCCUCAAGCAUGCAAUUGCAACAACGAAGGGCAGAUGUUUAA